AUGGAACCCAACGAUGCCUUUCUCCGCGCCUUUUUCCAUGCGUGCUUUGCUGGUGACCUAUCACAGACUCAGGAAGCCAUCGCCACCGGCCGGCUAACUACCGAAAACCUCGACGAGGGACUCCAGUGGGCGACACAUGGCGCACACCCUGACAUCGUGGCCGCUCUGUUCGACGCUGGUGCUAGCGUGUCGACGUCAACGGUGGCCUCUCUCCCCGGGCCAAAGCUGCAGCAGCACCCGAGCGUUGUUCGCCACUUCUUGGAGCAUGGCCUUGACCCCAACUCAAGGCUUUCUAGUGGCGAGCCACUCCUUCCCAUGUUAAAGAAUCCCGCAUCUGUUCGCGAAUUACUGUCGGCGGGCGCCGACCCCAACCUGUGCGGGCCGAGGAAAAUACCUCCCCUAGGCCGCGCCAUUAUAGCUAUCAAGGAGGAAGACCUUUCUCUUCUUGAUGUGUAUAUCGAAUAUGGAGCCACGCUAUCCGCAGAUCUCCUAUUUUAUGGCAUGCGCCCGCGCGUGCGUCAAGCAGAACUUAAGACUCAGUUCCUUCUGAACAAGGGUCUCGAUCCGAACGUGACCGACGACGAGUGGGGCACGCCUCUACACCUUGCCAUUUGCUGCUCCAGAAUAAACGUCGUCAAGCUGCUGCUGGACGCGGGUGCAGACCCAACAGUUGUAUCAGGCGGCCGGAGAACCUAUGGCAAAACUCCUACGCAGGUGGCAGAGAGUGUGCAAGAUCCCGGUAUCCGGGAGGCUAUACUUAGUCUGCUUGAUUCCCAUACUAGGCAAGAUUGCGUUUAGACUAUGCACCUCGCCUAGCAGAAUCUGGAAGGUAGUAUUGCUUCGUACUCCUCGGCUUCUUCUAAUGGAGACAAGCAGAAAGACCUGGGGGGGAUACCUAUUUAGGGCCUGUUUAGGGCCGGGCCUAUUUCCCGAUCGAGCAUCCGCAAUCAGUAUCGUGAUUCCUAGAGAUUUAAAGAGAAAGUUGGUUUUGUCCCACUAGUGCUAGAACUAUAGUAACUUACCUUGUUGACUGUUGCUCAUUUUUAUGUUCAUAAUUUCACAGUCUCCUUAGCUGGCAGACUUUAUAAGUG